AUGAUGAUCAAAACGAGACUACUAUUAUUAUUGGUGGUGAUGGUUAUGAUGAUAGUACUAUUUGAUGAGUUCACAGAAGCACAAGUACUCCAAGUCGGGUUUUACAAUAAAGUGUGUCCCAAUGCCGAAGCGGUCGUUGCUAAUAUCGUAAGAGAUGCAGCCAAGUCCGAUUCUCGGCUUCCUGCUAUCUUGCUGAGGCUUCACUUCCAUGACUGCUUUGUUGAGGGGUGUGAUGGAUCGAUAUUGGUAGAUAAUGUGGCAGCACCGGAAAAAGGUGCAUUUGGGCAUCAAGGAGUACAAGGUUUUGACAUAAUAGAGAAUGCAAAAGCAAAGUUGGAAAGUAUGUGUCCUGGCAUUGUUUCUUGUGCUGAUAUUGUUGCCAUGGCUGCAAGAGAUGCUGUUGCUAUUAGUCAUGGACCAGUUUACCAGAUUGAAACAGGAAGGAAGGAUGGUUUGGUGUCAGAUAUAAAGUUGGCUGAUAGAAUGCCUGAUGUCAAAGAGUCAAUUCAGAGUUUGAAGCAAAGGUUUAUUGAAAAAGGUCUUAAUGAGAGAGACCUUGUGCUUCUAAGUGCUGCACACACAAUUGGUACAACCGCAUGUUUCUUCAUGGAGGAUCGGCUCUACAACUUUGCGUCUAGUGGACGUCCUGAUCCAAGUAUUAACCCCGGUUUCCUACCCGAACUGACAUCAGCAUGCCCUAAAAACGGGGAUGUUAAUGUCCGGUUACCAAUGGAUCGUGGAAGUGGAGAGACUUUCGACAAGCAAAUACUACAAAACGUUAGGAGCGGCUUUGCAGUGCUACAAUCGGAUGCACAACUAAUGGCUGACCCGACGACAAGAGGAAUCGUGAAUUCGUAUUUUGGAGCAUUUGGUCCAUCGUUUGAGGCGGAUUUUGUUAAUUCCAUGGUUCGAAUGGGUAGAAUCGGUAUCAAGACAAGUUCGAAUGGAAACAUUAGACGUGUAUGUAAAGCGCUUAAUUAACUUGUUUGGGUAAAACUUAUAUAGCUUCCUUCAGAAAUUACAAUUA